CAGAGACAGACUUUGAAACAGCGCUGUGCUGCCCCUCUGUGGUGAUGUAGAGGACUGCAUUAUCACUCUGCUAUAAACCAUGAACACUCAUCUCACCAUAUCUGGAACUCUUUAUGCAUAAAAAUAUGAUUUACAGGAUUUUUCACUCCACAGCUCUCCUUCCACUGAAGCGCCAAACUUUAUUCACCAGAUAUUUUCUCAAUCAUAGAAACACUUCCUGUUUAUAAAUCUUUGUCUUUUAAGGAUCCAAACCUCAUAAACCAAACUGACUAAAUUAAAUCUGUAGAAACAUCUCAGAUGCAGUUUUCUGUACUUUUAUAAUCCAGAUAUAUUUUUCCCUGCAUGGAUUGUGUCUCUGAUAAAGUAUGGAGACUGAAAAAUAACCAAACCUCGUCCUCUUAGUAGCUGGACCCUCCUUAGACCAGUUUACAUUGUUAUGACCCCAAUAAAGUCAUUAUCAGUUCAAACAACAGUUAAAGGAACAGAUUCAAAUUCAUGUUAAAUGUGUGAAGAGAAGAAGUUCAGUACUAGAAAACAGCACAAAAGGUCCAAACACACUGGAUUCAAUUCAUUUAGACCCACAAACAUUCAGAACUCCUUCAGUAAUUUGUCAGUGUAUAAAAUGUGCCAGUUUAGCUUUUUCCCUCUCUACACAUUUAAACUGGAGCAACACCGACUUUAAUUCUAAUAGAAUCAACAUGAAACUUCAUGCGUGAACUUUCUGCUCUGCUGUAUCGACUAUUUUUGUAGAAGAAACACUAAUAAUCAUUUCACUAAUAAGUUCUGAGUUAGAAUAUCUGUAAACACUGAGAUUUUAAUAAAAAAUAAUCAUUCAGAUUAUUCUGACCAAUCAAAUCCUUCCACAUGUAGCCCCUCCCACUCUGCUGCUCCCUCAUUUCAGAGGAUGCGAAACUGAUCUCAGAGAGCUGCUCUCUCUCAGACUGUGAGGGCAGGAAAAUGGCCAGUAUUUCAGUAGAUCAGGACCAGUUCAGCUGUCCAGUCUGUCUGGAUCUGCUGAAGGACCCAGUGGCUGUUCCCUGUGGACACAGUUUCUGUAUGGUGUGUAUUAAUGGCUGCUGGGAUCAGGAGGAUCAGAGGGGGCUCUACAGCUGCCCCCAGUGCAGAGAGACCUUCACUCCAAGGCCUGUUCUACGCAGAAACAACAUGCUGGCUGAAGUGGUGGAGAAACUGAAGAAGACAGAACUCCAAGCUGCUUCUCCUGCUCUCUGUUAUGCUGGACCUGGAGAUGUGGAGUGUGAUUCCUGCACUGGGAGAAAACACGAAGCCAUCAAGUCCUGUUUGGUGUGUCUGGCUUCUUACUGUGAAGCUCAUCUUAAACCUCACUAUCAGUCUCCUGCCUUUAAGAAGCACAAGCUGGUCAAAGCCUCCAAACAGCUACAAGAGAAGAUCUGCCCUCAACAUGAUAAACUGAUUGAGAUCUACUGUCGUACUGACCAAAAGAUGGUCUGUUAUUUGUGUACGAUGGAUGAACACAUGGGACACAGUACAGUAGCAGCUUCAGCAGAAAGAAAAGAAAAACAGAAUGAGCUGAAGGAGAUGCAGAGGAGAUCUCAGCAGAGACUCCAGGAGAAAGAGAAGAAGCUGCAGGAGGUGAAACAGGCUGUGAAGACUCUUAAGAGCUCUGCACAGGCAGCAGUGGAGGACAGUGAGAGGAUCUUUACUGAGCUGAUCCGCUCCAUUGAGAAAAAGCGCUCUGAGGUAACAGAGCUGAUCAGAGCUCAGGAGGAGGCUGAACUGAGUGGAGCUGAAGAACUCCUGGAGCAACUGGAGCAGGAGAUUGCUGAUCUAAAGAGGAGAGAGACUGAGCUGGAGCAGCUUUCACACACAGAGGAUCACAUCCAGUUCCUCCAGAGCUUCCAGUCUCUCUGUGUCUCUUCUGGAUCUGAGGGCUCCUCCAGCAUCUCUGUCCAUCAACAUCUCUCAUUUGAUGGAGUGAGGAAAUCUCUCUCUGAUCUGAAGGAGAGACUAGAGGAAUUCUGCAAGCAGGAAUUCAGGAAAAUCUCUCCCCAUGUUUCAGCAGUUCAGAUGAUUUCACCCUCAGAGCCACAAACCAGAGAAGAUUUUCUACAGUAUUUCCGUCGUCUGACUCUGGAUCCCAACACAGCACAUCAGUACCUCAGACUGUCUGAGAAGAACAGAGUGGUGACGUUCUCGGGAGCCCUUCGUUACUCUCAUCAUCCAGAGAGAUUUGAGUACUGGUAUCAGGUGUUGAGUAAGGAGAGUGUGAGUGGACGCUGUUACUGGGAGGUUGAGUGGAGCAGUGCUGGAUAUGAUCUGUACAUCUCAGUCUCAUAUAAAGGGGUCAGCAGGAAAGGACAGAGUUAUGAGAGCAAGUUUGGACACAACAGUCAGUCCUGGAGUCUGCAGUGUCCUCCCCCUCUCUCUUUCUAUCACAACAACAUUCAGACUGAGAUCUCAGCCUCAUCCUCCUUCAGAAUAGGCGUGUAUGUGGAUCACAGUGCAGGAACUCUGUCCUUCUACAGCAUCUCUGACACAAUGACCCUCCUACACACAGUCCACACCACAUUCACUCAGCCGCUCUAUGCUGGAUUCUAUGUUAAUGGUUGGUUUGGGUUUAGGGGUGGAACUGUGAGGUUGUGUGAUCCAAAAUGAUGUGUAUGUUGUAAAUCUCGGUUCCCUUGUUGCACGAUUCAAUAUGUCAUGCUGUGAAAAUGUUCAGACCCCAUUCCCUCAGCUUCCUGGGUGGGUGUGGUUGUGUCAGCUGUUUGAGUCUUAAAGAAACUAAGAUAAUGAGUCUAAAGUCUUUUCAGUAACAGAGCUGAAUGAAAAUGUCUGUGUGCAGUGAUAAACUGUGCUUUGGAGAAAAGUAGAAGAAUCCUGUGUUCUAAUCCCACUGAGCUACAAACUCUUACAGCCUUAUAGUAGCUAGAUUUCCACUGAUUUAAUGUACAUCUGGCACCAAUACAGUUCAAGAAAUCAUUAAAAACAGUUUUGGUACCAUUAUUUUAUAGAAAUGCUUUACAUAAAGAAAAACUAAUGAAAUAUAUUUUGUUUUAUUGAAAAUAAAAAGUUUUGCUUUCCAUGAAAAACAUCAGUAUUAGUGUAUUAGUUUAUUAUUAGUGUAUUCAAUAAAUACAUGCAGGUAUUUUUCUGUAUAAGGUCAAAAAACAUUGACCACUUAUGUGAAGGACUUCAUUAAUUGGUCUCAUUAUAAAACAUUAAAACAUACACUGGGGUCCUAAAGUGGGGUCCACAAGUCAAAA